UCGAUUUUGCGUGCGGGAUUAAUCGAACCCCCUUUUUGGACGAUAACUCCUCCUUUAUAUUCCAGUACAGGUUUGUUCGAGUAUUGUGAAUGGUUGAAAGGAUUGUGUUUCGUAUUGGUUAGACGGACUCUGGUAUUACGUUUUGAUUCGUUGAUCCACAUUGCCCGGUGUCCGGGUAAAAUGGCGUCGGAAGAACACUGCUCGGUACCACCUCGAUGGCGGUCGAUAUCACUAACCCACGUAGAGUUCCCUGCUGGUGAUCUGACGGGACAAUUGUUGGCCUACACCAGCCUGCUACCCAUAGUGAUCCUUGUGGGCUUUGUCACCCUCAUAGUGUUCAAGCGUGAACUGCACACGAUCUCCUUCUUCGGUGGGCUCGUACUGAACGAAGGGGUGAACUGGCUGCUGAAGCACAUUUUAAGGGAGCCCCGCCCAUGUGAAGGAGCUCACGCAACCCUGACCACUGAGUAUGGGAUGCCCUCCAGUCAUUCCCAGUUCAUCUGGUUUUUUGUUGUUUACUUCUUUCUUUUUCUUUAUUUAAGAAUGCAUCAAACGAACAACGCUCGCUGUGUGGAGCUACUGUGGAGACAUAUACUGUCCAUCACCUUGUUAGGUGUGGCCUUCUCGGUGUCAUACAGCAGGGUUUACCUGUUGUACCACACCUGGAGUCAGGUAUUCUACGGGGGAGUGACCGGUAGCACCAUCGGCGUAGUCUGGUUCUUCUUCACACAGGAGGUUCUGACACCGCUAUUCCCCAAGAUGGCAGCAUGGCCAAUAUCAGAGUUUUUUCUGGUGAGGGACACAAGCCUGAUCCCCAACAUCCUGUGGUUUGAGUACACGGUGACCAGAUCAGAGGCAAGAAACAGACAACGGAAGCUUGGCACAAAACUUCAGUGAUCGUAGCAGUUCCUUGGUGAAACUGAGUAAAGAACCACACACACUCAUAACAAAACACACUGGAGAAUCAUCUUCUGGACUGACCUGAUUGCAAUGAAAAAAGGCCAACCCAUUUACAGGUGGACCUAAAGAGAGUGCCAGGACACGGCCCGGAGCCUGCAGCCUGAGCAAGUCCGUCCACAUGCCUCACUUUGUACAGCUUGCCCAAACGCUCCCCCGACGCAUACAGACCGUGAAAGAGGCAUACUAUUUAAUGACAAAUUAAUAUAUACUUUAACUGUAAACUCACACACAGACAGGAACCAUUUACUGUAAGAAAGAGAUUUUCAGAAACCAACGGAGGGCUCUGUCAAUUAACAAAGCAUUGGCUGGUGUUAAUGCACCAUGACAUUUGUCACUCUUUUGUUUUGGGUUUGCUGGUGGGGGAAAUAUGAGAUUGGUGGGGUAAACCCUUGUUUUUUUGGGGGUCUUAUAUUACAGAAAAGAGAACCAUUUUUAAAACUCUGGUGUAACAUGUAAUAUAUAAACAAAUGUGUACUUUAUUAAAAUUAAAGAGAAAAGUGUGGGGGGGGGGGGUUAACAUUAUUUACACGAGAAAGGUGGGUGGGUUAACUUAAUUUACAUGUGAAAGACCCCUGUUUCCCCCUCUGAUACAACUUGUCAGCCCAAUGUAUUUGGUUCCAAAAUGUACUUGCAGGCGUUUAAGCCCUCACAUACUACACUAACCUUGGCUUGUACAGUAUCUUCUGUACAACUUGAGGUCUCGAUUAUGUUUGAGAUGAUGCAGAAGAAGAGAAACGAGGCAGAACACAAGGGGCUCUGUUCUUUUUCUAUUCCUCUUCCACGCAGGGUGUGAAGGAGUGUUUUCUCAACCCCUUUCUCCCUCCAUGUCUGACACCCCAGAAGCACAAACCUGGGACAUGUAUGUUUCCUUUCAUUUGCGGUUCUAGAGAACAUGAAACUGUGGCUUGUUGUUCCUAACUUUCUUUUUACCUGUCUUUUCAAAACAUUCCAUAUCAUCUAGUGAAAAAACAAAUUAUAUGACUGCUGAGGGGAAAUGUUAUUAAUGGUGAUUUAUAUUAUUUUUUUUCUAUUUUGUUUUCUAUUAAACCUCAGGUCAAUCUGUAGCAUGUGUUAAUGCUGCAUUCCUCGGAAAUGCAAGAGCUGAUGUUUGAGGCUGUCUGGUGAAGGUUAAAAGCUGAUUUGGAAUUGUCAUGUCAUUAGCUCCAUAAAGGGAAGUAGUUCUCUUCGAUUAUAAUUUUGUGUAACCCAUAUCAGGCUGAAUAAAUAAAGUGUUUAUCUAAAAUUGUAUGCUUCCCCCCCCCCUUCCAAUUCUUCAGUGAAUAAUAGUAAAUUAAAAGAGAGCUUAUGUAAGAAUCAUUAUGCAAUCCUGAAGGUCAUUUUGGAUUAUUUGGACAUUUAGGUAGAACCUACCUGUACAGAGAUCAUACACAAGCAUGUCACAUAAGAUGUUCAACUUAUGUUAACAUUUUUAUUUAUUUCACCUUUAUUUAACCACGUAGGCUAGUUGAGAACAAGUUCUCAUUUGCAACUAAGACCUGGCCAAGAUAAAGCAUAGCAGUGUGAACAGACAACAGAGUUACACAUGGAGUAAAAAAUUAAGUCAAUAACACAGUAGGAAAAAAAAAAGAGUCUAUAUACAUUGUGUGCAAAAGGCAUGAGGAGGUAGGCGAAUAAUUACAAUUUUGCAGAUUAACACUGGAGUGAUAAAUGAUCAGAUGGUCAUGUACAGGUAGAGAUAUUGGUGUGCAAAAAAAGCAGAAAAGUGAAUAAAUAUAAACAGUAUGGGGAAGAGGUAGGUAAAAUUGGGUGGGCUAUUUACCGAUAGACUAUGUACAGCUGCAGCGAUCGGUUAGCUGCUCAGAUAGCAGAUGUUUGAAAUUGGUGAGGGAGAUAAAUGUCUCCAACUUCAGCGAUUUUUUUUUUGCAAUUCGUUCCAGACACAGGCAGCAGAGAACUGAAACGAUAGGCGGCCAAAUGAGGUGUUGGCGUUAGGGAUGAUCAGUGAGAUACACCUGCUGGAGCGCGUGCUACGGGUGGGUGUUGCCAUCGUGACAAUGUUCAGGAGAUCUGCACCGUAAGAAACCACAUUAUGGCUUUUUGACCAGGGGUUGUUUGCGGCCCAAUCAUCAACUAUGCCAGUCAAAUUCAAUGAUUGGUCAUUCAAUUCAUUCAAUUUAUCGGUCAAAUCCCCCAGUGAACAAUUUGCAUGAACCAGACCUUGUCUGAUAUCAAAUUUGCACACCAUAAAAUGUUCAUGGUCUUCCCAUCUUGAUGUGAAGAGGUUGGGAGGGUGUACCUGCCCUAUGCUGUUUCCCAAAAUCAUUGUAGAACUAGUAUCUUUUGUCCAUCUUAAUUCCAUUUAAACUAAAUUAUCUUAGUGCUACAAUGCUUUUGGGGAACUCAGCCCUAGUUGUCAAUGUAUCAAUUUACUUGGAUGAUAUUCAUUCUGUCAAGUUAUUUCUUUGUUUAUUUGUGUAAUGAAGAAUAAAUCCCUGAGUCGGA